AUGCUGAGGCGAAUGCUGUUAGCUAGUCGGGCCAAUGCUCCGCAAUUUCGUCAAAUACGGACGAGAUAUCCCUCUAUGCUACACCCUGAUCAUUUCUCUCCUGAUAAAGCAUCAUCUGUCAUUGGGAACAUAAAGAAUAUAACUGACCCUGAACAUUUCGAAGAGCAUGAGAAACCCCAGCUUCCUAGUGCUGCCGAGCAAACUGAUCUUAUAUCAGGAAAUAUGCUGGAUGUGUUAACAGCUCACAACCCUGGGUUCAAAAGGUCUCAAGCCAACCUGAGAAGACUGAAAACCCAGGUCAGCGAUCACGCACUCCCCACGGAACACAAGAUAAGAGCUAUAUUUCGUUAUUUGUUGCAGGAGAGUCAAGAUGAGUUGUCUCGGCUGCGUGAACUGGGCCCAGAGAAAGUAAACACCGUACUACAGGCACACAGGGAAAAUGCGUAUCUUCGGCGGAAGCAGCAGGCUAAGACUGCGGAAGAUCUAGCUGGGCUAAUGGCACAAGAGCUACUGAUCAAGGAUGCGAAAGGUGAUAGCUACUUGCAGAAUACGGAACAUUUGUUGCUUCUGUUGUUACACAUGCUGCGUUCAAAAAGUCAGGUACUUGAAAUAGAGCAAAUCGUCGAAGCCUUGGAAACUUGUAAGCUCAUUCCAGGCACACAAAACCGUUUGAGGGGUAUAUUUUUAUCCGGGCGUUUGCUUUAUUCGCUUGGCAAGGUCCGUAUGGACCCAUUUAAUGAAUCGUUUUACAUUGACGCACUCCUGUACCAUGGCUGUUAUAAAGAUGCGUGGCAGCUAUUUGAAAGCUACAAAGACCGUGUAAACCAACGGUGGUGGUACGAACUGGGCAUGAUCGUCGCUCUGAGAUCUAAUCAAGUGCGCAAGUAUGAUCUGUUAUUUAAACAAACCAUUGAUAAGUUCGGCGAAUCUUACAUACAGCCUAAGGUGCUCAAGACAGCAAUUAAAAAAAAACUCUACAUGGGAGAUUUUAAAUCUGCUAAUAGGCUGACUAACUUCUUUAUGCAAAUAGGUGGUGAUUUGGGGUUUAAGAAGGCGACAAAUGACGGCGAUACUAGCAAUAUUCCCGAAUUUGAGACUGAAGAGCAAGCAAAUCAGUUUUUGAAUGCCCUAGAAAAUCCAACAUACAGUGAUGUUAUGGAUAUCAUCCAGGCGCACUUGUUCCGCCGCAACCACGCAUAUGCAUUUAAACUUUUCGCUCAGUUUCUUGAGCAGGCAGAUUCUCAUAGUACUGAUGUGGCGCAACUACUCGUCAGGUUGCAGAUGUUAAUGAUAAACGAUAUUCAAACUCUAAAGAAAGCCAUCCAGCCAUUUUUAAAACCGAAUACAGAGCAAGAAGCCCUUUCGAAGCUUGAAGAGUCCUUUAAUUUCUCCAUAGAGAAAACAGGGCUUUCGGACGCACGAAGGGCUCUAGAUUUCCUCUUAUUCCGCAAUAUGGAGGCACUUACUUCUCAACCUACAAUGACUGGUGUUGUCUACAAAUAUAUUGUUCAGAACUGGGCUGACAGUAAAAACGAUAAUUCGAUUGAUCCUUCGAAGAAGUUCCAGGGAAUCAUAAAAAUCCUUUUGAUAAAUAACAAGGAAGAUGCUGCUCUUCAAGUGCUGUCAAAAUUGGAGCAAUCAGAUGGCUCAGGGUUUUACCCUCGGGUUAACGGCCAUCAUUACUCACUACUUGCUGAUUACUACUUGAAGGCAUUAAAGUCAACUAAAUCUGUGUUGAAAAGAGAACGACUUGUCGACAAGGUCCGUACAAUUAUGAAUAGAAUGGAGAAAUUUUCAAUUCCUUUCAAUGCCACGAUAACAGCAUCCUUGAUCGCCUUUUACAGAGAAGUACCAGAUAUCGACGAGUGCUUUAAACUCAUUAAUUCAAUUUUGGUUGAGAAUUCGAGAUCAUCUGAGGUCGCAAUGAACAAUGUUACGCCUUUUUUUGAAAUGCGCUUAGUCACCUCCAAGCUUUAUCAAGAGAUAUGGAAAACAUACCGAUUAUACCACAGCUUCUCCGCAGAUUGGUCGCUUCUUGAGCCGAGUGCCUACCGCAUGGGCUGGAAAAGUUACGUUUUGGGAGCCAAGAGAACAUUAAAUUCCGAACCCACUUUGUCGAUGUCUGAAUUAUUCAGGCAGAUGGUAGAAUUGAACAAUAUAAUGCCAACUCCGAAGUUCUACUCGAAUAUACUUAUUACGCUUGCCAAAGGUCGGGACUUUGUAACAAUGAUCGCUGUUUUGCAAUAUAUGAAGACCAAGCAUGCGGUAGUAUUGGAAGACGCCUUAAGAAAAUACUUGUAUGUGUCCCUAGAGAGGGCAUAUGUGGAACUAGAAAGAAAAGGUAUAAGUUCUGGUAACUCUGUGUUAGCCUUUCAAUCUGCAACGGCACUUGCUAAGGAGAAGGUUAAAAGUAUGAUUCAGGAAGGCCAAGUUUUAAAAAAGGUACAUGAAGAUCCUAUAGAUGAUAUGGUUUCGCAAAUUUCAAGCUAUAUACAGAGGGCAGAUCCCACAGGAAUGGAACUGCUGCCACCGUUACUUAGAUCAUUGGGCUUGGAUAUGACACCGGUGAAACAAUAA